GACCGGUUGCUAAGCUGCUGUGUUGUCUGUCGUGGCCGUGAGAAAGGGGGUCAGAGCUCGCGUCGCCGUAGUCCCGGUUGUUUGUUCAGUCGCUCUGGGCCGAGGGAGGAGCUCACGCGUCUCCGCCUCCGGCCCCACACCCUCCCCGGUGACGGGACCGAAGGGUAGCCCCCCGUGAGUCAGACGCCUUAGAGCCGCGGGAGCGAGGGAGGAUGGAGUUCAAGCUGGAGGCUCACCGUAUCGUCAGCAUCUCCCUGGGCAAGAUCUACAACUCGAGGGUUCAGCGCGGCGGCAUCAAACUGCACAAGAACCUGCUGGUGUCCUUGGUGCUCCGCAGCGCCCGCCAGGUCUACCUGAGCGACCCCUGCCUGGGCGGCCCCGGGGCGGGGGGACCCCCGCAGCCCACGCCGGCGCAGCCGCUUCCCGGGGAGCCGGCCCCGGGCUGGGGAGAGCCGCUCCCGACGGACAGCGGCAUGGAGCAGGACCCGGAGCCCGUCGGCGCCGCGCCCGAGCCGCCCGCCGUGCCCCCGGGGCUCGGGAAGCGCCCGCCGGAGGGGUCGCCGCCCGCGAGAGCCGAGGCGGGGCCCGAAGCCCCGAGGCGCCGCGUGGAGGCGGCGCAGACGGAGAGAGGUGGCGGCGGGGGGGAAGGCGCCCCGGAGGGGCCGCCGCGGGCGCGGCACUGCUGCUGCCGCCGCCUCUGCUGCUCCCCGCACGGCGCCCCGCGGGCCGACUGCGGCUGCCGCCCGCGUCCGGACGAGGGGGCCCCGCCGCCGCCGCCCAUCUGCCCCCGGAAAAGGAGCGCCUCGGGGGCAGGGGGCGGCCCCGCGGGGUGCCUGGCUUCGGGCGGCUCCCCGGUGAAGAAACCCCGCAGGGACUCGGAGGAGCAGCCGGGCGACGAGGAGGAGAUGGAGACCGGUAACGUGGCCAACCUCAUCACCAUCUUCGGGUCCAGCUUCUCCGGACUCUUGCGCAAAAGCCCCGGGGGCGGCCGCGAGGACGAGGACGGCGAGGAGGAGGAGGAGCCGCAGCGCGGUGCGGAAGCGGCGGAACCCGGGCCCAUGUACUGCGAUAAGCCGGUGUUAAGAAACCUCAACCCCUGGAGCACCGCCAUCGUGGCCUUCUGAUCGCCCGGGGCCCGGGCGGGGGAGGGGCGCCCGAGGAGGAGACUGGCGCGGCACCGCCCCGCCCCCGCCGGGCCCCGCCCCCGGCCCGUUGCCCCCCCUCCCGGAGCCGGCUGGGCAGCGGGACCUGCCCGGGGGCGAGCCGCGAGCGGGACUCUGCCACCCCCGUCGGCCCCGGCGCGCGGGGGGUCUUGUGUUAUAAAGCUGUUUUUUGUAAGUUUAUUGUUGAAAUGUUGAGCCAUUUGAUGGUACUGAGGACUUUGGUGGUGAGAAAUUUCUUUUUUGAGUCUUCAGUAAC